AUGAACCCAUACUGCAUUUUCUUGAAAUCGUUAACAGAUAUUUCAGAAUUAACCAACUUCUAUAUUGCGCUGAAGUCUGACUCUGGUUUAGAUCAAAGAACAUACAACUUACCAACAUCGUCAGAAGUAGCAGCAAUAUGGAUAGAAGAUGAGAGUAGUUCCAAUAUUUCUUUACCACACAUUCGAAUUUAUACACAUAGUUGUAAGAGCCAAUUAGUAAAUUAUUAUUACAGCUGUUAUGAUCCGUUGCAGUAUCCAUUACUAUUUCCUUAUGGACAGAAUGGAUGGCACUGUGGUAUUAAAAAGAUUAUUCGAACGAACAAUACUGUUAGUACCGGAAUUUAUUAUGAACAUGAGCAACUUCCGAGUGUAGAAAAUAUGUGCUCAAUUGACAUGCUUCUUGAUAUGGAAGCAGAAGUUCUGCAAAAAAAGAAACAAAAAAGAAAUACUGUAUCUUGCCGUGAGUAUUACUGCUAUAAGCUUCAAAUGAGGGAUGACGAAGAAAAUGGAGUUUUACAUGCUGGGAGAGCAUUUCAACAGUACUCAGUCGAUCAAUUCAUCAAGCUUGAGACUCAAAGGUUAGAUUUCUAUUCACUUAAUCAAGAUUUAUUUCGAGUUGAUGCGUCAGCAGGGCUUCUUGAUGUUCUAAGACACGGAGAGAGAGAUGCAUCAAAUAUUGGUAAACAAAGUUUUCUUCCUGCGAGUUUUGUAGGAGGUCCUAGAGAUAUGCGUCGAAGAUAUAUGGACGCUAUUGCGUUAGUGCAACAUUUUGGAAAACCUGAUAUAUUUUUGACAAUGACAUGUAAUCCAUCUUGGCCUGAAAUAGAAGAACAUUUAUUGGUAACAGAUGAGAAGCACGAUCUUCCACAUGCUCAUUUUCUUAUCAUACUCAACAACGAAUAUAAAUUGUUAACUCCAGAAGCUUAUGAUAAAAUUGUUUGUGCUGAAUUGCCUGAUCGUGAUACGAAUAAUUAA